AUGAAGUCUGCUGUUGCUACACUCGGCCUGUUGGCCGCUGUUGCCUCGGCUUACACGCCUGGCCGACGCCAUCUGCACUUCCCUCGUGCCAACACGACCGACAACAUGACCACCGUCACUGUCAAGGCCACCAAGGUUCAAACCAUUACGAGCUGUGCCCCUACCGUCACCAACUGCCCGGCUCGUGCUAGCGAGAUCGCUAAGCUGCCAGAGGCUCAGAGGAUUGUCACCACCGUCACUGACACAACUGUCCUGACCGAGAUUGUAUGCCCCUUGACCGAAGCCGACAGGGUCUCCUCCUCGGUUAUGGCACAGGCCUCCGCCGGUAGCCUUUCUGGUUUCAUCUCACAUCCCUCCUCCGCGGCCGAACAUGUUGCAACUACGCUUCCCGCCAAUGCCACUGCCCAGCCAGGCGCAAGCUCAAGGACUCUGACCAUGACCCUUGGAGUUGGCAACACCGCUUCUCGUGUCACCACUGUCGUUCCCGUCACUGGUUCCGAGCCCGUCGUUCCUGGAUCGCAAACCGUCGCGCCUAUUGAGAGCGAACCGACCACCACCGUGACUUCUACUACCAGGAUUACCCACACUAUCACUGUUUCGCGGGUUCACCCCACUGCGUCUCUUGGGGGUGGCAAGAGCGGUAACAAUGGCGCCGGCAAUGGUAGUGGUGGCAAUGGCGAAUGUGUUCCGUCUACUGUAACUGUGGCCGAAAGGACAAUCACAAUUCCCGCAUCUACUGUUUACGUUACCAUCGGCGGUCCUGUCCCUACCGAUGCCGGUAACGGCAAGUCAACUCCCACUCCUGGUGCCGGUAACAGCAAGUCAACUCCUACUCCUGGCGCCGGUGACAGCAAGUCAACGCCUACUCCUGCUGCCGAUAAGGAUGACGAGGAUUCCGAAUGCACCAGUGACACCACUACUCUUCAGAAGACACUGACCGUUGUCCCAUACCCUACUGGCAACGGUACACACAACAGCGGCUCUCCCAAGCCCUCUGGCUCGGCUCGUCUUCGCUAA